AUGAAGUACGAUAUCACACUGACGCUUAAGUCUUUCUCAAACAAAGUUCAUGGCAUGGUAGGUUGAUUUAAAAAGUAAAUAGCUAACUUUUAUAUUACUUUAAUGUUAGCUACUUUAUUUUACAUCAUACAUUAAAGUAGCCUUGAAACGUGACAUACUAAAGAUCAAAGAUUUUUAUUUUGAUAUUACUUUUGGGUCAAAAAUAUUUAUUUUUUAGGUACAAAUUCAAUUUCAAUGUACGGAAUCGACCUCAGAGAUAACUUUACAUGCUUUUCCACAAUUUCUUGUAGUUGAGGUAAGAUUUUUCAAAUAAAGUUUUUUUUAAAGAUAUCAUAUAAAUACACUAAAACGACAUUUUGUAAAAUACGUUGAUUGCAGUAAUUCGGUACUUACUUGAGUUACUAUAAUUUAUCUUAUUGACAUACUGAGGUGCUAUUAAUCACCUUAUUAACAAAUUUCAGCACGCUCUAUUAGAAAACCGGCUGCUGGACGAAAACGAACCUUUAGAGUUUCCCUUUACCAAUACUACACGACAAACAUUGACGUUCAAAUUGAAAGAUGAGUUGAUUGAGAGCCAUGUGUACUACCUGAGUAUAUGGUACAGUACGAGGUUUAAUACACAUAGAAAUGGCAUGAUCAAAAACAAGGAUAUGAUUGUAAGUUAGAGGGUAUUGAAAGCAGGCCCGAGGUAUACCGGUAAUUCAUACUACAAAUGCUGUUUUAGUAUAGUACUAAUAAUAGUGAUUAUAUUAAUAGUUAUGGUCGGAAAAGUAAGGAUUUAUAACUUAUAUUAUAAUAUUUUAGAGUAAAACCUUGUGGAUACACACAUUAUUAGAACCUCGGUAUGCUCGUACAAUCUUUCCCUGCUUCGAUGAACCUAAAUAUAGAGCUUCAUUUAAACUGGAGAUUUGGUUGGAAGGUAAAUGGGCUGAUGAAAGGUACGUUUAUUUUAUACUGAAAAACUACUUUACAUGAUAAAAUAGUUUUGCCUUACCUUUUUCUUGUGAAGAUAUGACAAGAUCAUAGCAACACCCUUUCUGUUUCACAAGGGGGUCAAAAAUAAAUUCCCACUUUUUUCGUCGCAAAAUCAUUUUUUUAAAUAAAACGAAAUGUCACAAACCGAUUGACACUUCGUUAUAUCAAGACAGUCCUUAGUACUAUAUGAAUGCAUAUACCAAGUUUGGUACCAAUCGGUUCCCUCAUAGUCAAGUUAGAUGGGGGGGGUGGGUCAUAACUCGAUGCUUUUUUAUUAUAUAAUGUUUUAUUAAAAUUUUUUCUCGAGAUUGACUAGAGAACGUGGUUUCGUGCUUUGCUGCAGAUCUGAUAUUUACAUGAUCUUUCUAUAUAAAAUGUUUGAAGAAAGUAAGAGCGUGGAGGUUGAGUAAUUUCCUAGUCAAUCUUGCUGUACUUGAAAUUGCUUGUUCGAUGCUGCUAAUGUUUUGAAAUGAUACAAAUUUAAAAAAAGUUUUUCCAGCAUAACAGCCCUAUCAGCAACACCUUCAAAAACGACUUCUUGGAACUCAAACUUGACCAUUUGGGAAUUCGACCCUACUCCACCCAUACCUCCUUAUAUCUUUUCGUUUUCUGUCGGAAAAUUUGAAUCUUAUUGUGAGGCAGCUACAGAAGUGAACGAUGAAGUCUGUUUGUGGAGACUUCACAACAGAAAUGACUGGAAUGCCACAGCUGCUGUUAUUGUUGAGCAAAUUAGGAAGUAUCAAGUAUGACUUUCAUUAUUGUUGACCGAAUAUCGAGUAUGAGGUGGUGCUAAACUUAUUUUACGUAAAACAGCCUUCUAUAUCUAGGAUGGGCAGCGUUUGAUCAAAAAAUUGAAUAUUUUGUAAGAAAGGAGAGGAAUAAAAACAAUUUUUGGUAUUUUUUAGCUUUAUAUACCUUUGACUUCGAAGUUUUAAAUCGUGAGGUACAAACACUUUCAGCGAGCCAUGAUAGAAUACCUUGGAGUUGAGCCAAAAGCGCGAUUGCAUGUUAUGAUAGUGCCUACAAAGCUUCGUGGAAUGGAAAAUCAUGGGCUUUUGAUUGUUAAUGAAAACGUGGGUUAUUUUAAAAUAUAUCAAUAUUUUAUUUUCCUCUACCUUCUUUAGCAUUUGACCCAGGCUGUUUGUAAAACAUAAAUUUACAAAAGAGGUUGCACUGAACAUGCCUCGUCUGUUAAAACGAAACCUAUAUAUUUUAAAAGCCGAGGGUUAUUGGUGCAACUUCCAAGGUAAAAUUUUUUUUGAAAAGCUAUUAGUUUUUUCAAAUAAUUCUGUGCUUUCUAAAUCCGAAAAUUUGCUUUGAGAGGGGUACAGAAUUAUUUGAAUUUUUCAACAACUCAAUAUAUUGAUAUCAUUUUUUUUUCAAAUUAUUAUGUUUUAGUUAUACUUCGACUUCAAAAACAAAGAAAAGUUUAACACAUUUAUGAAAACCUUGUAUCAUGAACUGGCUCAUCAAUGGUAAGUUUUUAAAAUAUGUAUCUUUAAGGAUUUCAUUUUUAAUCUCAUAAAAACUUUUACUGUGUAAAAAACAAAAUUUCAGGUUUGGAAAUUUAGUGACAAUGGUAAGCAUUUGACAAUCAAAAAUAACAUAAUGAUUUGCUUUCAAUUUAAGGAAUUUUGGGACCACGUUUGGCUAGCUGAAGGAUUUACUACGUUUUUGUCUAGGACACGUCCUAUUGUGUAUGUUUAUUCUAUUCUUUGGUUUUAUAUUAUACAUGUAUAUAGCACAAAGUGAAUUACAAUGACUAUACCUAGUACAAAGUAUAGCACAAUGCCUUAAAACUUUAGAUUCGACUCGGUCUGGGACAUGUCAAUAUUACCUAUCGUUGACAAGAGCUGGGCUUUAAAUCUACCGGAUAUUGCCUACACUAAAGCUUCAUCUAUCUUGGAGAUGCUGAGCAGCAUCAUCGGAGAAGAUAAGCUCAAGCUGGCACUGCAAGCAUACGUCAAACGAUAUCAGUACAAAGCGGCUACUACUGAAGACUUUUUGGAAAUCGUCUUGGAAAUUACUGUAAGUGGCGGCCAGGACUGGGUGGAAAAGUUUGGUUGGGGGGCUGGGGUUGAAAAAUGGUGUUUGUGCCUGUUUGUUUAGUAUAUAUAAUAGUUAAAACGUACAUUAAUGUCAAAAUAUACCACGUUCUUUACAGCGAGCCCUAGACGCCCUAAAAUUCUUAAAAUCCUGGCUCUACACAAGCAGUAUGCCACUCGUCUUUAUCGAUUAUGAUCAUCACAACCAAACUUUUACUCUGUCACAGGUUGGAAGGAUGAUAAAGCUGGUCGACAAUCGUUGGUUCGUGCCUGUCUGGACCGAAUGUUUAGCCGGCUCAAAGCCUGAAACAUUGCAUUGGAUAACGCCGGCUGAACCAUUAGUACUAUCGUUGGAAGAUGUGACCGGUACUAAUAGUACUGAUGCUGUAGCUUUUAAUCGAAAUCGAUCAGUCUAUUAUCAGAUUUCUUAUCGAUAUUAA